UAAUUACGAUGUUUCAAACGCCUCCCGAUGAAUUAUGCUCAUUCUGGUUACGACCUAGGUCUUUUAAAAAACCACCGAUAUACAACUUAGGAUAGUAAGAUCUCGGAGUUGAAGAUCAAAACAUUCAAAACAUCAGUGGGCUUAAUAGUUGAUUGGCUAAUUUAAAAAGCUUGACAGUACCAGAACAACAUCGUCGGAAAUCCAAUCGUUAUCACAUUAACUUCGAUCGAACAAUCAAAAUAAUAGUUAUCAGUUUAUUGCAUUGGAAAAAUACGUCGUGUGUAAAAUUAAUAAUUUUAAUAAUAAAUAUUAAUAAUUACCAUCAUCAUAGAAUAAUAGUAGGUACCUCUUAAAUUAUCAUGAUGGAAAUCAAUAUUACAUAAUUGCUUCAAUCAUGUUCCUUAAUUAUUGUUUACAAUUUUCAAACUUGAGAUUUGGACAAUUUUCAUAAUCUUUUCUACGCACAGUCCGCUCGUACAUUAUUGGAACACUAAUCGACAAUCGUACACACGUUUUGUGACAAACUAACGUCACGUACCUGUUUGUCGAUACCUCCGCCAAUGCCCUUGUAGAUGAUCCCGAGUUCAGUGUCCCAUACGUUUUGCUGCGGAACUAUAAACGUGUCCUAGGUUUUACAGUCAUAACACCAGUGUUCGAAUAUUGUAUCAAUAUUCAAUAAUAUGUGAACGAACUACUCUAAGACUUAUUUUAUCUUACCAUCAUUGAAAUAGUUAAGUGAGGAGAGGAAGGCUCAACAAUUUGUUAAUCAUUUGGCCAUUCAGAAAAAUAGAUUUAAUAUUUAAAUAGUUAAUACAACUAUUCGGUCAGCUGUUUUCAUUUUAAUUAUGGAUGAUGAUAACUGUCUUCAACUGAAUGAUGAUCCAAUUCAGUUUGUUCCUGCAAGUGUAAGCAAAACAACAAAUGUGUUUUACGAUGAGAUAACUGGACAGAUAAUAACCGUUCAUUCUGGUGAGCUGACUGAAAUAAUUAUAACAUCAAGUACUCGCUAUAGAGAAAAUAUGGUGUUUAAAAUUGAAGACCGGGGACCAGUAUCUUCAAUAAAAAUGUCCCUGGACUGUAAAAUAUUAACAAUGAUGAGAACAUCAUUAUCCGUGGAAUUAAUGGAUAUUAAAGAAAAUACAUUACAAAGUCCUUAUUUUUUAUAUUGUAAAUUCAAAGGUGCCAAAUUGUUGGGCUUUAUUUGGACUGGUAACAAUGAAAUAGUAUUAAUUAGUGAUAAAGGUGUAGAAUUAUACCAGAUUGAAGGCCAAGUACCUAAGCAACGUAUAGUUUUUUCAAAAUCUAUUAAUUUGCAUGUAAAUUGGUUUAUUUACUCAAAUCACUCAAAAAUAUUACUACUGUCCAUGAAUUCUUUUGGAGAUUUCCAACCCCUUCAUAUUUUACCUGGAAAUAUAAACAAAUUGACAAAAUUAGAAGUUGAUUUUGAUAUUUCUCUUAAUAUACCAAAUCAAUCAAUUAGUGAACGAAAUAUUGUAAUGACAACUGUGUACAACAUACUUAGGAUAUUAGUUUUACCAACAAGUCAAAGUCGCAAUGAAAUAAUAGUUUAUUCAUUAAACAAAAUGAUGACAUUUAAAAAAUCACAUAUUCUACGAUUGACACACAAUGGUAAAUUGUUGAUUAAUGUAGUUGAUAAUUUGAUUGUCGUUCAUUAUCAACAUACAAAGUCCUCUUCUGUAUUCGACAUAUACAUGGAAGCUGCAAAAGAACAUACAAUAUCACAUUAUUUACCUAUCUUAGAUGAUCUAUCAAUCAAAAGAACGGUUCCAAGAGAAGGAGGAUCACAUUAUGUUUCUCAUCUAUACUCAAGUAUUUGCAUUUCAUUUCAACCCAACAUAAUAAUAGAUGCUAAAUUAGGUUAUCUGUGGCAUUUCAAACUAAACUUAGCAGCUGUAUCCAAAAUAAUAAUGGAUAAAUGUUCGCUUAUUGAUUUUCUUCUUUUACGCCCAAAAUCAAAAGAUGUCACUUUGGAGGUGUUACAACAUAUGAUUUUACAAAAGAGAAGUAAUUUGAUUGAAAUAGGUAAUGUUUUUGAUCAUUUGAAUAUUGUCUACAAGAAGCACCUCAACAAUCAUAUUAUGAACACCAGUCCAUUACCUAAUGACUAUAUGAUUGUUGCUGAAUCAUUGCAAUGUAAAGUUGUUAUAGAACAGUUGGAUGUUUACAAACAUGUUUUUGUAAAAUUAGUAGAUAAAUUAGAAAAUACUAAAGAUGAUAAAAAGUUUACAGUUUCAAUAUUAGUUGAAUACAUACGAUCGCUAACAGAUAACAAAAUAACUAUUGAACACUUCCUUUAUGAACUACUCAUAAACUGUUUAGUAAUUAAUAAAAUGUAUUAUCAGCUUCAUCAGAUGGUGCAAUACCACAUUGUUAUUGACUCUAAGCCAUUGGCUUGUUUAUUAUUAUCUUUGGAAUCACUUUAUUCACCAGCUCAUCAAAUGGCUCUUGAUAUGUUGCAUAGAUUGAAUACGGCACAUGAAGAGAUUGUUGAAGUCUUGCUUUCCAAGAAACAAGUCAUCCCGUCCAUGAGGUACAUGUCACAGCACAAUAUGUUAGAUCACUCUACUUAUAGAAAAUUGACCGAAAUCGCAAUUUCAACUGAUAAUUCAAAAAUAUUGCAUUCUACUAAAGAAGAAUUUGUACAAAGGAAAGUAACCUCAAAUGAUGAACUUGACACAAAUACCAAAGGAUAG